UCCUCUCAGCUUCCUGUUUACCGCCUGUUUUACCUUCAGACUGUAGUACACAGAUUGCAACACCGCUCUGCACUGCUGGGGAUUUAUUUCACAACAACAUAUGUAGCGACAGAACUGAGAUCCUGCAGCUACAUGGUUGACUACUGUAUAACUGUAUUCCUUGUAUCGUCUUGGCCAUGGUUACUAAGGAGACAUGAAGACGUGACAUUGAGGAAACGUGAGCAGGCCUGGGAGGAUCCUGGGGCUUUCCUGACUCCAGCUGACCGGAGUUCAGUUAACGUUCGGCGGUGUUGAGACUCGGCCAUCACUUCACCUCAUAUUGCAAUUGGAAACCAAGAAGCGGUGAUGUGGAGGACUACAAACGUCUGAAAUUGUUUACAUGAGUUCACGGAGAUAUCAGUUAAAGGAAACGACAAAGCUAAGCUGAACUAGCUUGUGCCGUGCUAACUCGGGAGGCAGCAGCAGUCGCCGCCGCGGUGUGAGUGGCAGGCUGUGGGGGCUAGCUGACGGGUUGUGUUAGGAGAGUGGAGCAGCUCGCCGGUGCCCUGAAUUCAAGAGGACUCCCCGGCUCCGGCCCCCUCAAGCGGGCAGUCAGGAAGAAGCUGGCUGGGAAGGGAUGGCCUGGUCGGCCUUCCCGUUCCUUAGGACAAGGCUCUGCGGUGUUUGAAGGAGGUCGAGUUCGGCUAGAGGCCACCACCGCGGGUCGUGGCGCUAUGAUGGCCGCCUCCCCUUCCCUGGCCGGCGGUUUCCCAGCUUCCGCGCUAUCGUUCAAAAAGAGCGAGGAAAUCGAGGAUUUGAUAGAUUUGUUUUCCAAAAUGCAGUACAGAGCAAAGGAAGUGACUCCUCGGGUAGAGGCGAUAGAGAAGCGGUGUCUGGAGUUGUUUGCCAGAGAUUACAAGUACAGCAUCAUCCACAACGCCAAUGGAGAAGUGUGCGGGCAUUACCCCAGGCAGAUCGUGUUCCUGGAGUACGAAAGCACAGAUGUGGAGAGAGACAGGUUUGAGAGCGCGGUGCACAUCAGUAAGCUGCAGGACCUGGUGAACCGCAGUAAGCUGGCCCGCUGCAGAGGGAGGUUCGUCUGUCCGGUCAUCCUCUACAACGGCAAGCAUAUCUGCCGGUCGUCCACUCUGGCAGGAUGGGGGGAGCUGUAUGGACGCACAGGCUACAACUACAUCUUCUCAGGGGGCACUGAUGACACGUGGACAGAGUCUGAGGAGGUCCCAGAGGAUGACAGUGCAGUCAGGAACGGGGACUCGCAGCUCUUUGACAAAGUCCGAGGCCACGACAUUAAGCUGCUACGCUACCUCUCAGUCCGCUACAUCUGUGAUCUGAUGGUGGAGAACAAGAAGGUCAAGUUUGGCCUAAAUGUGACGUCCUCUGAGAAGGCGGACAAGGCCCAACGCUAUGCAGACUUCACCUUGCUCUCUGUGCCUUACCCAGGGUGUGAGUUUUUUAAGGACUACAAAGACAGAGACUACACAGCGGAGGGUCUGGUGUUCAACUGGAAUCAGGACUAUGUGGACGCUCCUUUGACAAUCCCACUGGGCUUUACUCAGAACUUGAACAUCGACUGGACUCGAUACCAGUCGUGGGACCUGGUGGAGCAGACCCAGAACUACCUGAAGAUGCUGCUCCACAUCAUCAACAGUGAUGAUGAGAGCGGCCUCCUGGUGCACUGCAUAUCAGGCUGGGACCGGACGCCUCUGUUUGUGUCCCUGCUCAGGCUCUCCCUGUGGGCAGACGGCGCGGUGCACGCCAGCCUGCAGCCGGCAGAGAUCCUGUAUCUGACCAUCGCUUACGACUGGUUCCUCUUCGGUCAUAUGCUGCCAGAUCGACUCUCCAAAGGGGAGGAGAUUUUCUUCUUUUGCUUCAAUUUUUUGAAGCACAUUGUCUCAGAGAAGUUCUCAGCUGUUAAGAAACAGAGAAGGAAGAACUCCCACUUCAAAGACAGUGAUUUCACUGUGGAAGAUCUCGGCCAGUUAAAGUCGAGGGACCGCGGCAGUGUGACCAGUCUGAGCAGUGACUUCUCCCUCAUCACUGAGGAGGGGGGCGGAGCCUCCAGCCUCAACCCCGACACCGUGGACCUGUUCUCCAGCCAGCCCCAGGCCUCCAGCUGGAGAAAAGGCCCCGCCUCCUCCCCUCAGAUGGUGGUUUGGAAUAAACCCACCCCUCCUGACGAGCAUCUCUCCCAUCCUCUCAGUGAGGCCAGGUCUUCCAGCUCCUCCUCCUCCAACCAGUCAGAACACGCCAUCACACGCACUGGCAGCAGCCCACUGGCUGUCCCUGGAAGAAGGUUGGCCGCAGACUACCCUCGGUCCGGCUCCUCCCUCUCCACGGAGUAUGGCAGUUGGCAGAUCGUUUCUGGUUGUGGCAGCAUCCAUGACCACGCUCACUUCCCCCCCCCUCUGACCUCAGCCUCCUCCACCUCGUCUGCUGUGGCUGCUCCCUACGACUCCCCCCUGCCCUUCAGUUUUCAGGAUGAAGGACCCAGUGGACGAAUGUGUCCCUUCCCCUCGGAGCGUCAAUCCCGUCUGGAGGCGGUGCGGGAGGUCUUCCUGGCAGCCUACAGCUCCACCGUGGGCCUCAAGUCCUCGGCCCCCAGCCCCUCCACAGCCAUCACGGGCCUGCUGGAGCAGUUUGCCCGGGGGGUUGGCCUCCGGGGCACCAACGCCAUCGUCUGAACCCUCUCAAUGUGACCCCCCCCCCGCUUCCAUCUACCCAGCCAGAGCCCGUGCAACACGCCUGGACUCCGUAGAAUAAAGUGCCAAACAUCUCUGCUCAUCAGGGGAAGCACUCGUCUUCCUCCUCCUUUUGAUUUCCAACUUUUCUCUGGACUUUAAUCUUCCAUGUUCAGUCGCUUUCAGGGAGGGAAAUAUUUCAGCCACAGAAUCAAAAAGGGAUAUUAGGAAGGCUCUGUAGCUGCUGAAAUGUGAAUGUGUGAGAACAGGGUGUGUGUGUCUGUGACAGGCAGGACACACACAUGUCUUACUUCCUCUGUUCCGUUCAUACAUGUUUUUAUGCUUCAGGGUCCCUGCAGUGACCGUCCCAUGUACAGGCAGCGAUAUGUGUUCUCUUGUUUCGUGCUGCUAUUCAUUUCUGAUGCAAGCAGAGAAUGUUGUUUUGUCCAGGUGCGUUUUAAAGAUAAAUACAGCACUUAGUGUUCAGACAGAAAUGUUUUUCUGUUUCUUAUUUGGCCCAGGAGAGGAUCUAAAUAUCUAAUCUAUUUACAGCCUAGGGUCUAGAUUUAAAGGUAAAUAUUACAGUCUGUUUUAAUGCAAAACUCACCAGCCAUAUGAACGCUGAAAGAGUUACUGUAAUAAUGCCAUCUGUCCUCCCUGGCAGUGAAGGGUUGGUGCGAGUUGGGGAACUAAAUCUCCCUACGCUGUUCGGUGAUCCCACAAGCACUUUUUUUUAAACGUUCUGAAACUUUGAGCCUCAUUGUGCUUCAACUGAAGUACUCGAAGCAGUUUGUACCACGUCUGGAGCUGUUACCAAUGGUCCGACCUGGAGGCAGCCUCUGGACAGACGGGAUGAUAACAGCGACUCUUCAGCGUGCGUACUGCAUGGGAGGAAGACAGUCUUAGUCAAAUAGGCUCUGAUCCUUUUAAGUAGAUGAGAUAAAAAGAGAAGAUCGUAACCCAAGAAAUGAAGUUUAUCCAAGCUACCGUUUCACCUCGCCACUGUCUCCAUAUCCUCCUAAAGUCCAUAUUCAUCACUUGUUCUUCUUCAGUAGCACUGACACGGUAGCACAAGAGGCACUGAGCAUCGUGGUAGCAGAUCUGUGAACCCAAGGCCUUUCAGAGCUCUUUCCCGACAGACUCAGCGCAGACCCCUGCCCAGCUGAUAAAUCACAGAGGUUGUUCCAAAACAUGUGCGUCCUCUUCCAGGUCGCACUGGGAAGGACAUUUCUACCUUUUGGUUAGAUGUACACUUUUAAGUAAUUUUCUUAAGAGAAAUCUGUUGAGUUUUCAUUUGAGACGAGCUUGUUGGUGCCGCUGCUGAACCUCAGGACCUUUUUGUUGUGCCUUUUUAUCUUCAGUAACACUGGAUCACACCUCCACUGCUGCUCCAGCUUCGGGUCCUUUUCUCUUUUGAAAUGGCUUUAAGAGCUUGGGGAGUUGACUGCAUUAGCAUUAGCAGCGUUAGCUUUGCAUAAAGCUUUUGGGGUGUCCCGUUGAUUGCUCAUUCUGUCGUUUUGUUUUCAUUUAACAAAUCUGUUGAGUCUGAUGGACACCCCCGAGGAGGUUGGGAUGGGAUUUCGGUCAGUCAGCCCAGGAAUAGUAAGAUUUUCACCUCUGCCUUUGAAAAGGACGGUAAGAGAAGAGGAUUUUAUUGAUUUUAGGAAUAAUUGUUGUAGGAAUUCUGGGAAAUACCUUUAUUCACUUUAUUUUUAUCGGUGAUGUGAGAUGAUUGACACCAAUGUCGGUGUUUUAAAUACAGCGCUAGAGCAAGGAUGCAUAUGGUCUAUAUUAGCCUAAAGAUUAGCUUUAAAGUCAAACAAAAUGUGAUAACAACAUCCAUAAACCUCGAUUCCCAUCUACUAUGUAGUCUGUUAAAACGGAGCAUGGGUAAACAAAUCAGUCGGUUUACGGCUUGGGUUCGGGAUAUUUUUCAGAUUAGAGGUACUCUGCCAGAGAGGUGAUGUUUUCAGUUUGGUUUGUCUGUGAUCGGGGUACAGAACUACUACCUAUAAAACUUGGUAGGAAGUGUAGCUUGAACCAAAGAGCAAACCAUUAUUGAUCCAACUCAAAGGUUGGAAUCAAAUAUUGUUGUACUUUGUGAGAUAGGCCAGGUCAUUCGCCCUUCCAGUUCCCUUUUUCUAGUCUUAUGCUAAGCUAGACUAAUCACUUCCUGUCUCUGAGGUCUGUACUUAACACACAGACAUGAAAGUGGAAUCGAUUUUCACAUCUCAAUCUCAUCAUUUUCAAAUGUUCUUUCUACAUGUGGUGUUCUGAUUCUGAACUACAUUCUGCUGAGCUGAUCUGAAGCAAGAAAUGUGUAUUUCUUUAUUCUUGGCAUUAAGUGAUUUGAGAGCAUUUGGUUUGUAUGGCUACAUUUAUGAGUUUCUGCAUGGGCUGUCUUAAGUGUUUAUUUUGUACAGCUUUACUUGAGACUUUCAGGCGCGGUCUCCUCCCCGGUCUGGUUUUAAGCUUUCUUUUUAAGAUACCCUUCCUGUAAAGGAGUUUUGAUUCAGUUGAGGUUUCAUAUCGGUUGUUUGUAUUCUGCCAUCCUUUCUACUGUCUGUCUGCAUCACAGUCACAUAGUCAUUUUCAACAUGUUGAACAGUUCUUAUACUUUGUUACUACAGAUACUCUUUUCACUCACUGGUUUUGCAUGACAUCCUCCGAGUGUAUCUCAACUGCGGAAUAUAAUGUUUUUUAUUUGUUUGACAAAUGACUUUUAUUUUUUAUUUGAUUUCAGAAUCUCUUUAAAACGCUGCAUUGCACUCGUCCUGAUGUUCUCUCUGUAGAGUUAUCUCUGUACAGUUGAUGCAUUUUUAAAUAACUCUCCCUUUUCGUUUUUGUUAUACAUGUCUCUUAACUGUCGGCCGGCGACAGGCUACAAUAAAAGGUGAACUGAGCAGCAGGUGGCAAUUGUGAAUAAACAACAAAAAAAUGAA